GGAGGAGAAAAUGUGAAAAAUGGGGAUUAGCAAAAAACUAACCCGAAGGAUUAAAGAGAUAUACACAGAAACAAAGAAUGUGGUGAGAAUCAAGAACCAUAACACAAAAGAGUUUUGGACAGUGAAUGGAGUCAGACAAGGGUGCCCGUUGAGCCCGACGUUAUUCAACAUCUACGUGGCAGGACUGCAAGAAGAACUAAGGAAAGGACAAGCCGGGGGCAUAGUGGUAGGAGAAAGAAAAGUAUGGUCAGUGACAUAUGCAGACGAUAUUGUGCUGAUGACGGAUAGAGAAGAGGAGCUAAAGGAAAUGCUAAAGAGAUUCAAAAAAUUUUUAUGGAAGCCGAAUUGGAACUGAGCACGGAAAAGACCAAGAUAGUAGUCUUCAAAAAAAGAAGGAACAAAAGAAGACAAAGAAAGUGGAAAUGGAGAGAGCAAGAAUUAGAAGAAGUGGACGAGAUAAGAUACCUAGGGCACAUACUACAGAAAAACGGCAGUGAUGAGAAACACAUACAAGACAGGAAAAAGAGAGCAACAAUAGCAAUGAAGAAAACAUGGAGCGUGGGAGAAAGAAUAUUCAAACAGGACUACAAGACGAGAGUGAAGAUGUUUGGAGCACUGGUAGGGAGCGUGGCGCUGUUUGGAUCAGAGGUAUGGGCCUGGAACAUGGAAGAAAGACUGGAUAGAAUAGAAAGAAGAUAUGUGAAAUGGAUCUUAGAUUUAGAUAUGACAAAACCAAAUUAUAUAUUGAUAGAAGAAUGCAAGCUAAAAGGAAUCAAAGAAAAAGUAUUAAAAAGAGCAGCAAGGUAUGAAGGAAAGAGCGAGAAACUGGGGAAAUGGCCAAGAAGGGAAAAGAGCAAGAAGGAGAAAGAAGGGACUAGAGGAGGUGAGAAAUGGAGGGACACAGAUGGAAGCAAGAAAAGAGCAAAAAAGGAUGACAGCAGACCAAAUUGUAGAAGAAAGAAGAAAGAGAGAAGCAGAAGAGAGGAUAAGGAUAAGGGAAUCCAAAUAUAACAUACAUUACAGAAAAAUCGUCAAAGAAGAGUCA